UAGUAUUGGAAAUCUCACGAUGAACAAGUUGACUGUGGUAUUGGUUCUGCUUGCUGUGGCUUUGACCAUCACUGUCGAAGCUGAUGAACCAAAGGGAAGUUUCAAUUUAUCAGCGUCUUUCGAUCCCGGUUUUUCGUUUGGAAGUGGAAAUCGGUAUAGAAAACACAGAUCCAAUGUGAGGGACCACGAAGAAGAGGGCGAUGAUGAGGAUCCCGACUGGCCGAGUCCUGGAGAAGUCCACAACUUUGAAAUCCCCGAGGAAUUUACACAUGGAGGCUCGCAUAAUGACUCUGAUCCAAGCGAUUCGGACAGUUCCGGUCAUGGUCAUAAAAAAUCAAACCACGGGAAGGGUCAUCGUCAUGGAUAAAUUAUAUUUGUCAUCAAUAUUUAGAUAAUUAUUUGUUAACGUUUGAGUAAACAGUGCCACAGCAAAA